UCUUCACUCCUCUCUCUGUCACCUCCAAGUUCCGUGUUGCAGCGUUUCAUCGUUUUCAUUCAGUACUCUUCAAACCCCAUUCAGGACUCUUCUAACCCGCCGCUCUCUACAGUCAUGUCGGACCGAGGCUCUUUUGAUACCAACGUGGUGACUUUAACCCGGUUUGUGCUGGAGGAAGGGAGGAAAGCGAAGGGGACGGGGGAGCUCACUACCCUGCUCAACUCGAUGUGCACGGCCGUCAAAGCCAUCUCCACUGCUGUGAGGAAGGCUGGCAUCGCCAACCUGUAUGGUAUAGCGGGCACAACCAAUGUGACAGGGGACCAGGUGAAGAAGCUGGACAUCCUGUCUAACAACCUGGUGAUCAACAUGAUCAAAUCCUCCUUCACAUCCUGUGUCCUGGUGUCAGAGGAGGACGACACCGCCAUCAUAGUAGAACCAGACAGACAGGGUAAAUACGUGGUGUGUUUUGACCCUCUGGAUGGCUCCUCCAACAUCGACUGCUUGGUUUCAAUCGGCACCAUCUUCGCCAUCUACAGAAAGAUCACAGAGGAUGACCCCUGUGAGAACGACGCACUGCAGCCUGGUAGAAACAUCGUUGCCGCUGGAUACGCCCUCUAUGGCAGCGCCACCAUGAUGGUACUGUCCGCUGGGCAGGGGGUCAACUGCUUCAUGUUGGACCCGGCCAUAGGUGAGUUCAUUCUGGUGGACAGGGAUCUAAAGAUCAAACCUAAAGGGAAUAUCUACAGUCUGAAUGAAGGAUAUGCCAAAUACUUUGACCCCGCUGUCACAGAGUACCUACAAAAGAAGAAGUUCCCCGAGGAUGGCAGUGCCCCGUACGGUGCCCGCUACGUGGGUUCUAUGGUAGCAGAUGUCCACAGGACCCUGGUCUACGGAGGAAUCUUCCUCUACCCUGCUAAUGUCAAGAGCCCCGAGGGAAAGCUGCGUCUGCUGUAUGAGUGCAACCCCAUGGCGUUCAUCAUCGAGCAGGCGGGCGGCAUGGCAACCACAGGAAGUCAGAACGUCCUGGACAUCCAGCCAAUCAACAUCCACCAGAGAGUUCCCGUGGUGCUGGGGUCACCUAGCGACGUCCAGGAGUACCUGGAGAUAUACCAAAAACACCAGGCCAACAACGGCAACUAGGGACCCCACACACACACACACACACACACACACACACACGUGAGAUGACAAGCAUACAGGUACACACUCCCUAUGUGAAGACCAAAGACCAUUAUAAACCAAUAGACCAAAGAUCCACACAUUCCCCUAUCACUUAUCCGAGACCCAAUGGGAUCAGCAUGCUGUUGACCAAGAGACCAAAGAUCCACACAUUCCCCUAUCACUUAUCCGAGACCCAAUGGGAUCAGCAUGCUGUUGACCAAGAGACCAAAGAUCCACCGACUCUCCAUAACCAUCAACCACUAGACCGAAGACCAAAGACACACCCCCAAGCCUCACCACCCAGACCAGAGACCAAAGAACAAGAAGAAAACCAAGAUGGCCACCUAUGACUUCCCAUCCUGGACCAGGAACCGGAGGGGGAAGAGACCAUUUCCCCUCAUUCCUUCAUUGUCAUUUAUUUUAAAGGAAUUUGCAGACAACUUUGCAGUAUCCUCUCGGACCACUAUUGGCCCCCAGACCACAGGUUGGGAACCACUGCAUUAAAUAUUACCAUGAAUAUUUAUCAGUACUACUAAAUAUCAGACAGACCUAAUGUUACCUCUAUGCAGUACAUAAAAUAUGUGCCUUGACUCAGAUAUUGUUUGGGAUGUUGACGCAUGUGAUUAAUAAACCGUGGGGACGACGUACCAAACAGAA